AUGGCAGGCCUUACAUUCCUCCAAUUGCGCCUGCAUGUCCUCUGCGUUCUGCUGGUGAUCUACGCUCUUCCAACUUACGCUGCGAAAGAGAUUGAGUGCUACACCUUUGAUCACUCCCCCAGCCCUUUCAUCCCCGAACUCAACGACUGCGUCCAGCUCGCCAACAACAUCUUCACCUCCCCAUCCUCAGGCAAGCAAGUCAUCUUCUCCGACCGACCGGUUCCAGCAAGCUACAUAAAGAUCCCACGCAGCUACUUCUUCAACAGCUGCUACAUGUCCAUCGAACCUGAAGGCGAGCCGUACUAUGACAUCUCCUCGUGGCAGCAGAUUGCUCAAACUGUCAACAAUACUGCGCACGAUUGUUUGAGUCACGUGUCUCAUGGUAGCCAUGGGUUUGGUGGAAGGAGCCCUUCCGGGGUGAAUAAGUGGCUUUGGAUUUAUGUCACGGGGCUGAUAGUCGGUCGGACAUCAAUCGAUUUGAGUGGCCAGGAGGUGGAUUCGCUGAGCAUCUUGAACAACAGUACCUCGACUGUGGUGGACCAAAUGAAUAGCGCGACGCAAUGA